AUGUUUACUUAUCUGCGUACAGCACCUUUACAAGUAUCAAGGCGAUUUACACAAGUGCGGCAUGCUUCCUUAAUAGUUUCGGCUGAUAAUCAAGCUCUGGUGAAAUUCUUGGGAAAACUAGGCGACUUUGAUAAGAAGAAAAAGAUAUUCAACAAGCUGGACGAAUUAUAUUUGCUUUGUAAGAGAAAGGGAUUUCAUCAGACUAACAAUGACAUUGUAAGGCUAUAUUCCAACAACAAGGAGUUGAAUACUACUUACAAAAAUUUAUGCAAUCUAUGCAUUGUGAACCAAGCUACAUUUGCGAACUCUUUGGCCGGAGUGCUUGAUCCGGGCCUUUUUUCUGCAAUAAUGCAGCAGAAUGUCCCGUUUAAGAUUCAGUCAAUCGCACAAGAGGGUAUUCCUGGGGUUUCCGUCUUUUCUCUGAAUAGGAAUUUAUCGCAUUUGGACAAAUAUGUGGACACUUGGAAUAAUUUGGAGAGGAAAGACGCGGAUAUUCGGAAAUCACUCUACGAGAUGAUAAACGCGUUUAAAGAUGAAGAUGUUCUGUUUCUGUAUUAUGUUCUCAUGUUCUGGUUGGCCAGAAGAACAUCAUACGAACUACUUGCCGGACUGAAGAAAAUCAACAGCAAUGGAACUAUUGAUAACUCUUUGCUAAAGAACAAAUCUGAUAUAUGA